UCAAUAUAAAGCUCACAGAAAGCCUGAUGAUCCCAGAUUGAUCCAUCAUACUUCCUUAGAGGAAUGUAGGAGACCCUUAGAUUCUGUAAUCUAUAUUCAUUGACAUGCAUUAAAAGUGUAAAAGCAUCACUCUGGUUUUUUGUAGGCCCGUGAACACUCUAAUGUGGGAAGUCGGAGCUCCCAGAUCUCGCAAACGAAGCGUUUUCCAGGGUUGACUUUUAUUCUGACAACAUGGUACGGAAAUUUCCCGGAAGUAAACAAGACUUUGCUGGCUGAUGAGCGUGGAGAUGAGCACCGCUAAUGCAGCCAUGUUCCCCUCAGAUUUCAAGAGUGUGGUCCGACGUUUCUACGAACUUCAGGCUGAGCGCGUGGAGGCUUAUAAACUUUUUGAAGAAGGUCAUGAGGCAUACCUGAGGACUGGGCCACAUUACGACUUUGAGCAGUACAGACAGCUGGUUCAUGAGAUCACCAAGGCCUUCUGUGGAAUCUCCAAAGAGGUUCUGGAGAUUAAAGAACGUCUUCACCAAGACUUUGAGCGACCAGAUCUCUCUGAACAUCUCGAGAAGCUGCAGAUGAAAGAGAAACAGAAGCUAGAGCUGACAGCAAAAUUACAGCUCGCCAAGCAGAGUGCACAAGAUCAUCCAGAAGACCAGAGCUACCAGGAGAAGGUUCAGGAGAUCAAGCAGGACAUCAUAAAAAUUAAGGAGUCUCUGAGUGAAAUUAUGCAGGAUUUCAAAUAUGACUCAGAAGAUGCAGAAUAAAACGGAGAGACUGCGAACGGGGACGGAUACGGAUGGAGUUUAUAGACCCUGACACUUCAGGAGUUGCCAAAGGAGAUGAUGAUGAUGAUGAUGGUGUGUGUGUGUGUGUAUGUAUGUGUGUGUGUGCAGGUGCGCCACAUGUAGGUAGUGCUAAAGUGUUAUUUUGUUUCACUUUUGUUCCAGUCGACUUUAUGCCUAUAGUUUUAGCAGGUAUUAAACUAUUGCAAUUAGACCAAGAAAAAAAUAAUCACACUAUUUACAGCUGAUCAUAUUUAUCCUUGUGGAGCUUUUAAAUCAGUCAGCACUUAUUUAAAGGGUUUUAUGUCUUGAAACCAGAACCCUUUUUUGGUCCCCUGCUGACCCGUUUUAAAAGGUUCUUUAAAGAAGUGAUUCCAUGUGAUGCCUCUUCUGAAGAAAUGGUUCAGAAUUUUAUUUUGUUCGUGAGGAUCUGUAUUAUAUUUUCUGUGUAGAUGAAUUAAACCAGGGUUAACGUAACCCAGGUGAUGGUGUAGCUAGAAAGUGUUCUGCUACACAUCUGUAUACAUGCAUUUACACAGAGAUGAAACGUGGAAUCAGUUCUGAAAAGAUGGAGACUGAUGAUAUGACAUUAAACACAGUUGAGCUCAUAAGUUUUCCCGCUCGCUGAAUGUUAAUGAUGAUUUUAUGUAGUUUUAUAGUUUCUUCUGCCCUGAAUAUCCUAUUUCACAUAACAGAUGUUUCUAUAGUCCACUAAACAAAAUAAUAACUGAAAUAAACCAGCUCAAAAGUUUACAUCCACUCAAUUCCUAAUACUCUGUGUUGUUACCUGGAUGAUCAGUGACUGUUUUUGAUGUUUUGGGAUCAUUCUUCAUGAGUUUCCCUUGAGAUUUGGCGAAGGGUGUAAACUUAUGACCUCCACUGAAGGUGUAUUCCAUGUUCCUGCUUUUCUGUUGGAGGGGCUGCACAUCUGCUCCAUCCAAAUUGUCCAAAAGGCUGAGUGUUUGGCCCUCACUCUUUCUCAGCAAGCUUAUAUUCUUGCAUGAACUGUGGGUUUCCUCCCCAGUCCAAAGACGUGGUAUAAGCUAACUGGUGUCUCUAAAUUCUCAGUAGUGUGUGAAUGAGUGCGUGAUCGUGGCCUGUGAUGGGUUGGUACACCCUGUGCCUCUGGAAUAGUCUACAUGUUCCCUGUGACCCUGUGUAGGAAACAGAAAAUUGGAUGGAUAUUAAUUUUCUGAUAAAACAUUUAUAAAUCUGCCUUGCAGAUAUCAAUUAAGUUGCAUCAUUAGUACCUGCCUAAUAACACAGAAAAUAAUACACAAUACAAAGGCUAAACAAAACAAAUGUUGCAUGUUACCAAAUGAAAUAAUAUUUGCUUCUACAGUAGAUUUCUGAGAUUAUCGAUCACUUACAACAAGCAGCCAUUUAAAAGGCUUCUUGUUGUCCAAUUGGCAUAAAACGACAGAGAGGUAGACAGAGGCCUGGGUGAGAAGGGUCCCACCAGUUUGGGUGUAUGCCAUGUGAGCCAUCCAGCAAAACCAACAGACCAAACCAGAGCUUAACAUUUACUCACGUCUUCUGAGCCAAAAAGGUUUGAGUCUCUGUGGUUCAAUACACUCUUUUCAUUUAUUCACUGAUUGUCACUUGCCUGCAGUUAGAACAAUGUUCAUGCAACACUUUUAAAUGGACUGUGAUGGAGCUUGUGAAUGUAUUAUACAAUUUAAGUAAUGUAUCAAUCCCUUAUGGGGAGAUUAACAUAGUAAACCGGAAUAAAACUGACUUUUUUGUACAUGUCUUUUAUGCAUCAGUUUAGGCAUCGGUCAACAGUCACAAUUUAAUGGACGCAGAUGAUCAAACUUUGAUGCAUGAAUGUUGGCAGGAAAUGUGUUGGAAAGCAGUCACUCCCUCACUCAGAGGCGGAACUGCGGCAGUGUAUCCAGCGUAUUUGUGCUGAGGCCCCUGGGAGGUUUGGGAAAGACGCAUUAUAUCCAGCAGCUCUGAUUUCAUCUGGUUAUGCAGAUGUUUCGUCUUCUUAUGUUAGCUUUGCACUGUCUGGGUUUUUAACAGUUAACACCUAGCCAUUUUUGGAGAAAAGACAAUCAGAAUUCCUUUCAGUUUUAAUUUAUAUUUCAAUGUAUAACUGGUGCAUGAAUUAAAAAAAGAAAGAAAAAAUAAAUAAUUGGCCACAGCUUCCAUAGUUAAAUUAAUAUUCUACAUCUGGUUAUUUCCCUCCCUGGCUGAGAAGUGAUGAAAUAUCAUUAACUACCUUAACUACCAUUACCUCAGAGGCUAAUAGGAGAUGUGGUAGCUCAGUAUUACUGAUCAGAAGGUUGUGAGUUCAAAUCCCAGGUCCACCAAGCUGCCACUGCUGGGCCCCUGAGCAAGGCCCUUAACCUUCAAUUGCUCAUUUGUAAGUCUCUCUGUGUCUGCCAAAUUAUGUAAGUGUAAUGGAAUUUUGUAAAUCUAGCUGUUAACUAAUUACUAGUUUCAUUAAAAAAGUACCAACCUACUAA